AUGCCCGGCGGUCGGCGCGGCCUGGUCGCACCGCAGAACACUUUUCUGGAGAACAUCAUCAGGAGGUCGUCGUCACAGCCCGACAGCAGCUUCCUGCUCGCCAACGCCCAAAUCGUCGACUUCCCGAUUGUCUACUGCAACGAGACAUUUUGCAAAAUAUCGGGCUUCAAUCGCGCUGAGGUAAUGCAGAAGUCUUGUCGCUGUAGCUUCAUGUACGGCGACCUCACCGACAAGGACACCAUCACUCGGUUGGAGGAUGGCCUGGAGCAGCAAAACCAGGACCAGAUGGAAAUACUCAUCUACAAGAAAAACCGUACGCCACUUUGGUUGCUGCUGCACCUGGCGCCUAUUCGCAACGAGAAGGAGGUUGUCGUGCUGUUCCUGCUGACGCUGCGCGACAUUACCGCUCUAAAGCAGCCCAUCGAGGCCGAUGACAGUAGAGCAGGUCUGAGCAAGUUCGCCAAGCUGGCCCGCUCGGUGACCCGGUCAAGGACGGUGCUCGCUUCCCAGUUCUCCUCCAACGUGGCUGGCGUCAAGGAGAACGGCAAGCAGUCCAACAUUGCUCACAUGAUGUCGCUCAACUCGGACGUGCUGCCGCAGUACCGCCAGGAGGCGCCCAAGACGCCGCCGCACAUCCUCCUCCACUACUGUGCCUUCAAAGCCAUCUGGGACUGGGCCAUCCUCUGCCUCACCUUCUACACCGCCAUCAUGGUGCCAUUCAACGUGGCGUUCAAGAACAAGACGUCGGAGGACGUCAGCCUGCUUGUUGUUGACUCCAUCGUGGACGUCAUCUUCUUCAUCGACAUCGUGCUCAACUUUCACACGACGUUCGUCGGCCCCGGCGGCGAGGUGGUGAGCGACCCGAAGAUCAUCCGCAUGAACUACCUCAAGUCGUGGUUCAUCAUCGACCUGCUCUCGUGUCUGCCUUACGACGUGUUCAACGCCUUCGAUCACGACGAAGACCAUGUGCAAGACGCAGUGUGUGAGUGCGGGAUAAACAACUGGGGGAUGGGGAGUGGUCUCCGCAGGCGACUGGGCAGCUCGGUCCCCGUCGAGAGUCGAUACUCGGACCGGCCGGCGCCCGUCGGCUGA